AUGUCGUCCACCCUCCCUCCCGAAGUGAUGCGCAGAAUAAUCGACCUUCUCAUUCACGAGCACAGAUCCGUUGUUACCGUGGAUCGUAGUAGUGAAAUCUCUCACCAUCGCUGGGCAUUAACAAAGGAUGCACCCGUGUAUGCGAGCGUAUGCAAAUUCUGGCAGGAUAUCAUCGAGCGCGAAUCUUUUGCAAUACUCUUCCUUUCACUCGAGCGGCUAAGUGAUGCCAACACCAUCAUGUCGCCGCGCCGUCGCGGCUACGUUCAAAGCAUACAUCUACAGGUCAUUCUCCCGCAUUAUUUCGAUGCCGCCUGGGGUCAAGUGGAAACGCCAGAGGAACAGCUCGACAACAGCGUCAUCACCACGGCGACAAUCAAGGCCUUUAUUGAACACAUGGCAAAAUGGAAGAUGGAGGAUCUGCCAAAGGACCGUAGACUGACCGUUCGGUUGGUGGCCAUGUCCCCAAGCGACGAGCACUAUGCCCCUCCAGAAGAAAUGAGACAACGCCAGCUCUGGCCUCGGCCCAAGUGGAAGCAGAUUUACGAAAAACGUUAUGAAAACUCUGUCCUCGAGCUCAAAGAUAUACACACCUUUGCGAGCCUGCCUGAAGUGUCUGUCAUUGACGUUAUAGACAAACCACAUACCUCGGGGGCACGUCAUUUUGCGCCUGCUGUUGUAUGUGCUCUAUUUGGCCGGCUACGGAAUGUCCGGGCCGCUACAGGCCAUGUGUGGGAUGACCCAAGGGACUAUUCUGACAGGAGACAUCGGAUUCGAGCUGAUUUAGCGCAAGUGGUACAAGAUUUCGAGGUUGUGCCUGACAUGCUGAUUCUCCACCAAGAGACUGACAAUAAACUUCACGAGAACCAUUCCGCAGAGCCGGUAAUUUUUACACCGCAGGGCACAGAUGAUCCCUUGACGGUCAGUCUGCGUGGUUUGUCGCAGAGGUCCAAGAAUCUCACUCUAAGCAUGUUCAUUAUCGGUGACGAGUUUUGGUCAACACAGUCGACUGAUGCAGACAAUAGGCCAGCUUGGCCGUUCCUUACACAUCUGCACAUGCGACUAAGGCUGAGCACACCAGACGGGCGGUGGCGGUUUGACUACGCUGAGCCGGAAUCGCAGAGUGAGUCCGAGGGCGACUCCGAGUCUGAAGACUCUGAGGACUCUGAUUAUGAAGCUGUGAACAGUUUGCGGAGACGUGCCAUGCCCGAUAUGAUGAACAAUUUCUACCGCUCUGUUGCACGGGCUGCACUCCAAAUGCCCCAAUUAAAGUUCAUGGAACUAGAUUUCCGGGGGUGGGAUUCCAAAGAUGUGACCUUUCAUACUUUCCGAUACCAGGUCAAAGACUCAGGACCAUUAGCAACAUGGUACAGCUACCCCUCGUUUGGACCCGAAGCGGACAUAAUGGAGUUAUGGAAGCAAGUUGGGGUGAAAUAUCACAACGUGACAACGGGGAUCUUUGUCUCUGAGGAGCGACCAUAG